CUGUGUAGACCAGGCUGGCCUGGAACUCAGAGAUCCACCUGCCUCUGCCUCCUGAGUGCUGGGAUUAAAGGCAUGCACUACUAACGCCCCUGGGAAUCACUUUGAGAAUGUCUAUGUUGCUUCAGGUAGAAGUAAAAAAUUUCAAAGUUAAUGUGCUUAAAUACAUACCUCCAUUUCCUUAAGACCAAUUGAAAACCAAGAUUCUAAACAAGAAAAGAAAAAGCAUUCUCUCAACAACUAGCCACUGUUAAUGAGUUCCAAUGACUACAGAUUAUCUAUACUUAAGUUAUACAUGUAAUCUUUAAUGACUUCUGAAGUGGAAAAAUCAAAUCAUUUAGACGGGUGUUUGAAUUUUUGUCUUUGCCAGUUGUAUGACCCUGGACAAGCUUCUCAUUCUUAGUUUGAAGACACUAUUUUUCAGCUUGGGUAGUAGUUUAUUAGUUCUAGUAAAUUAGUUGUUAAAUGAAAGGCAUUUAAUGGAACUAUGAGUCCAGUGUUUCCUGUGGUAUGCUCUUAUAGCGGUACCCUAAAUAGGGCCUGUUCUGCUAGAGAGAAAGCAUAAACAGAAUUACAGGAGACCUUAGGCACCUGUUGUCUACCAGGGAAGAUUCUGAAGGUUGGUGUGACUCCUUUCUACUUUGUUAGAAUGUAAGGAAUUGUAGAUCAUAGCAUAAACUGGGUGGUGGUGGCACACACCUUUAAUCCCAGCACUACUAGGGAGACAGAGGCAGAUGGAUCUCUGACAGUUUGAGGCCAGCCUGGUCUACAGAGUGAGCUCCACACCAGUUAGGACCUUCAUAGUAAGAUCUAUUCUCAAACAGAAACCAAAAUAAAUCACAGGAUAGGUUAAACAAUAUUGAAAAAUGAAGAAAAGACCUACAGUGUACUGUUCUUUCUUGUAAUAACUGCCAGCUGAAACAUUAAUGUGGAUACUAAUGGAUAUUUUACUAAUUUAAUUGUUUUUGAGCACAAUAUGAGAGUAUAAUUCAAGUCUUGAGAGACAAGUUGCAGGUUCUUUUAGUAUCUCAUCUACUUGUAAACCACACGAAGAUCCAAGUCUGAAGAUUUUGUUUACCUUCCUUGGAUUGUGGGAUCGGUGCCUUCACUAGUGUUCUUAUUUAGCUUGCUGUUCCUCACGUAACAGAAUGAUCUUUUGAGAAAGAACUUGGAUUGAUCUUUUCUUGCUUAAAAAUUCCCCCCAAAGUUCUGGGUUAAAUACAGAAUUGAAUGUAAGUCCCUUAUCUUGCCAUCAGGAUACUGAAUGAUUUGUCAUCUGCCAACUUAACGCUGUGCCUCUUCACUCCUUGGCCUCAGGAUGCUACCCAGAAGCUCCACCAUGAGGCGAGGUGGAUGGAGGAAGCGAGCUGAAAAUGAUGGCUGGGAAAAAUGGGGUGGGUACAUGGCUGCCAAAGUCCAGAAGCUGGAGGAGCAGUUCCGGUCAGAUGCUGCUAAGCAGAAGGAUGGGACGCCAUCUGCAAUAUUUAGUGGAGUUGCCAUCUAUGUUAAUGGAUACACAGAUCCUUCUGCUGAGGAAUUGAGAAAUCUAAUGAUGUUGCAUGGAGGUCAAUACCAUGUGUAUUAUUCUAGAUCCAAAACAACACACAUUAUUGCUACAAACCUUCCUAAUGCCAAAAUUAAAGAAUUAAAGGGGGAAAAAGUAAUUCGACCAGAAUGGAUUGUGGAAAGCAUCAAAGCUGGGAGACUCUUGUCCUACAUUCCGUAUCAGCUAUACACCAAGCCAUCCAGUGCACAAAAGAGUCUCAACUUCAAUCCUGUAUGCAAACCUGAGGAUCCUGUACCAGGUCCAAGCAAUAUAGCCAGACAUCUCAACAACAGGGUAAAUCACAUAAUUAAGAAGAUUGAGACAGAAAAUGAAGUGAAAGCAAAUGGACUGAGCAGUUGGAAUGAAGAAGAUACAAAUGAUUUUAGUUUUGUGGAUCUGGAACAGACAUUUCCAGGAAGGAAACAAAAUGGAAUAUUGCAUCCCAGAGACACCUCUGUCAUUUUUAAUGGACACUCUCAUAGCUCUAAUGGUGCCUUAAAGACACAGGAUAGCUUGGUGCCUGUGGGCAAUAGUGUUGCUAGCAGGCUUUCUUUAGAUUCUGCCCAGGAGGAGAAGGCAGAGAAGAGCAACACUGACUUCAGAGACUGCACAGUACAGCAGUUGCAGCAGAGCACCAGAAAUACAGAUGCUUUGCGGAAUCCACACAGAACUAAUUCUCUCUCAUCGUCUUUGCACAGUAACAUUAAAAUCAAUGGUGCUCACCACUCCACUGUUCAGGGGCCUUCAAGCACAAAAAGCACUUCUGUUGUGACUCUUAGUAAGCACUUCUGUUGUGACUCUUCAGUGCCAUCCAAACCAUCAGACUACAAUUUUAUCUCAGAUUUCUAUUCUCAUUCAAGACUCCAUCACAUCUCAACAUGGAAGUGUGAAUUGACUGAGUUUGUCAAUACCCUACAAAGACAAAGUAGUGGUAUCUUUCCAGGAAGGGAAAAGUUAAAAAAACUGAAAACAGGCAGGUCUUCCCUUGUUGUAACUGACACAGGCAAUAUGUCAGUAAUGAGCUCAUCCAGACAUCAGAGCUGUGUAAUGCAUGUUGAUAUGGAUUGCUUCUUUGUGUCAGUGGGUAUACGAGAUAGACCAGAUCUCAAAGGAAAACCAGUGGCUGUUACAAGUAACAGAGGCACGGGAAGGGCGCCUUUACGUCCAGGUGCUAACCCCCAGCUGGAGUGGCAGUAUUACCAGAAUAAAAUCCUGAAAGGAAAAGCAGCAGAUAUACCCGAUUCAUCAGUAUGGGAGAAUCAACAUUCUACACAGACAAAUGGAAUUGAUUCUGUUUUGUCAAAAGCUGAAAUUGCUUCUUGUAGUUAUGAAGCCAGACAAUUUGGCAUUAAGAACGGAAUGUUUUUUGGGCAUGCUAAACAGCUAUGUCCGAAUCUACAAGCUGUUCCAUAUGAUUUUCAUGCAUACAAGGAAGUUGCCCAAGCAAUGUAUGAAACAUUGGCAAGCUAUACACACAACAUUGAAGCUGUCAGUUGUGAUGAAGCCCUGAUGGACAUCACUGACAUCCUUGCAGAGACUAAACUUACUCCUGAUGAAUUUGCAAGUGCCCUCCGAAUGGAAAUCCAAGACAAGACUAAAUGUACUGCCUCUGUUGGAAUUGGUUCUAAUAUUCUUCUUGCUAGAAUGGCAACUAGAAAAGCAAAGCCAGAUGGGCAGUACCACCUGCAACCAGAUGAAGUAGAUGAUUUCAUCAGAGGUCAGCUUGUUACUCGCCUACCGGGUGUUGGACGUUCAAUGGAAUCUAAGCUAGCAUCUUUAGGAAUUAAAACUUGUGGAGAUUUGCAGUGUAUGGCCAUGGCAAAACUCCAGAAGGAAUUUGGCCCCAAAACAGGUCAGAUGCUAUAUAGGUUCUGCCGUGGUUUGGAUGAUAGACCAGUCAGAACAGAAAAGGAAAGGAAAUCUGUGUCAGCUGAGAUCAACUAUGGAAUAAGAUUCACCCAGCCAAAAGAGGCAGAAGCUUUCCUUCUGAGUCUUUCAGAAGAAAUUCAAAGACGACUUGAAGCUGCUGGCAUGAAGGGCAAACGUCUUACUCUGAAAAUCAUGGUACGGAAGCCAGGGGCCCCUGUAGAAACUGCAAAAUUUGGAGGCCAUGGAAUUUGUGAUAACAUUGCCAGGACUAUAACUCUGGACCAGGCAACUGAUAGUGCAAAAGUAAUUGGAAAGGCUACUCUAAACAUGUUUCAUACGAUGAAACUAAACAUAUCGGAUAUGAGAGGGGUUGGGAUUCAUGUGAAUCAGUUGGUUCCUACUAAUCCAAAUCCUUCCACAAGUUCAAGUCGCCCAUCAAUUCAGUCAAGCCUCUCCCCUGGUCGAUCACAUUCUGUCCAUAAUCUCAUCCAAGUUCAGAAAGCUAAGAAACCCACAGAAGAGCAACACAAGGAAGUAUUUCUGGCUGCUGUGGAUCUGGAAGUAGCCCCUGCCUCUAAACCGUGUACUUUAUUGUCACCCUUUUCUACACAUCUGGCAGCUAGUGUCAGUACUGACACUAACAGAGGCGAAUGUUCAAGGAAAUGGAAUGGACUGCAUUCUCCUGUCAGUGGACAGUCAAGACUUAAUCUGAGUAUAGAGGUCCCAUCACCAUCCCAGAUUGAUCAGUCUGUUUUGGAAGCAUUACCACCUGAUCUCCGGGAACAAAUACAACAAGUUUAUGCUGCUCAACAAGGAGAGCCACGUAGUACCAAGAAGAAAGAACCAGUAAAUGGCUGCAGUUCAGCGGUAUUGCCACAUCCUGUUGGCACAGUUCUGUUACAAAUCCCAGAGUCUCAAGAAUCUAAUAGUGACACUGGAAUCAACGUCAUAGCCCUUCCUGCAUUUUCACAAGUAGACCCUGAUGUCUUCGAUGCUCUUCCUGCUGAGCUUCAAAGGGAGUUGAAAGCAGCAUAUGAUCAAAGACAAAGGCAGGGAGAGGACACUGCUCAUCAGCAGACAGCCAGUGCAUCUGUGCCGAAGAAUCCUUUACUUCAGCUAAAGCCACCAGCGGUGAAAGACAAGAGAAACAAGAAGAACCCCAUUGCUUCUCCCAGAAAGAUUCAGAGUCCUUUGAAAAAUAAGCUGCUUAGCAGUCCUGCAAAAACUCUGCCAGGGGGCUAUGGGAGCCCACAGAAGUUAAUGGACAGUUUUCUAAAACAUGAAGGAAUGGCUGCCGAGAGACCCCUGGAAGAAUUCUCAGCUUCCACCUCUGGUGUGCAGAACCCCUCUAGUUUGCAGCCCAACCAGCCCAGUUGUGUUAGACCAGUUGCCCCCAAUUUAGCUGGAGCUGUUGAGUUCGGUGAUGUGAAGACCCUGCUCAAAGAAUGGAUAACUACUAUCUCAGAUCCAAUGGAAGAAGACAUCCUACAAGUUGUGAAAUACUGCACUGACCUUAUAGAGGAAAAAGACUUGGAAAAACUAGAUCUAGUUAUAAAAUACAUGAAAAGGCUGAUGCAGCAGUCGGUGGAGUCAGUUUGGAACAUGGCGUUUGACUUUAUUCUUGACAAUGUUCAGGUGGUUUUACAACAGACUUAUGGAAGCACACUGAAAGUUACCUAAACCUUCCAGAGAGCCUGGUGCUCUCUGCCAGCAGUGCUUGUGAGGUAUUUGCAAAGUGCAUGAUAGUGAUGCUCUGAGUUUUUAUAAUUUUAAAUUUCUUUUUAAGCAAGUGUUUUGUACAUUUCUUUUCAAAAAGUGCCAAAUUUGUCAGUAUUGCAUGUAAAUAAUUGUGUUACUUCUUUUACUUGUAGCAUAGAUUCUAUUUACAAAACGUUUGUUUAUAAAGUUUUAUGGAUUUUUACAGUGAAGUGUUUACAGUUGUUUAAUAAUAAAGAACUGUAUGUAUAUUU